GGCACAGCAAACAAAAGGGUUGAUGGCGCAACAAAGCUAAUGGGCGCAAUUUUGAGGGUUUUCGCUAUGCUUUCAUUAGCAACUAAGCUGAUGAACGCAAUUUUGAGGGUUUUCGCUAUGCUUUCAUUAGCAACUAAGCUGAUGAACGCAAUUUUGAGGGUUUUCGCUAUGCUUUCAUUAGCAACUAAGCUGAUGAACGCAAUUUUGAGGGUUUUCGCUAUGCUUUCAUUAGCAACUAAGCUGAUGAACGCAAUUUUGAGGGUUUUCGCUAUGCUUUCAUUACAACUAAGCUGAUGAACGCAAUUUUGGGGGUUUUCGCUAAGCUUUUAUUAGCAACUGAGCUAAUGAACGCAAUUUUGAGGGGUUUCGCCACGCUUUGCGUAGGAUCAGAGGGUGCUCGGGUGGGGUCUAUGCGUCGGACCCCAUCUAUGAAACCAGCCUGUUGGUACGGCUGUAGACCGCGAGGCCUGCCAUCUCUUGGCCUCGCGGUAAGGGCGCACGCCGGAGGGGCGCGUCCUCCCUUUCAAGGGAGGAACCUACGCUCCUCUUCGGGGUCCUCCUUUGGGAGGGUCUCGAAGGGGAGUGAAGGGAAGCGCUUCAAAGGCGGGAAGGGGGAAAGGGGGAUGAAGAAAGGAAGAGAAAAGAAAAAACAAAGAAAAAAAGAUGGGGCGAAGAUGAAGAGCGAGGACGAAAAAAAGGUAAUCAAACGUAAGAAAGCCGACGCGCGCGAGCGAACCUCCAACCCUCGUCGGGGGUUGAUUGAUUGACUUCAGACGUAGUGGUUUAGGGCAGGCCUUGUUGAAACCCUAAUGGUCAUUAGGAAUUUUGCUUGACUCUGAGCGUAGU